GAACGCCACCAAUAAUGUGGCACAAUAGCUUAGAAGAAUCUUUCGAGAAAUCCCAGUACCGCGACAACUUACAACCUCAAUUUUUUUUCUUCUGGUACUACGCAAACACCACAAUAGACAUUCGCAUAGUUUAAUCAUGUCGACCCCCGUACUUGAAGCUCCUUCACCCCCUAGUGCACGCUAGGCAUCAUACGAUUGUUGGAAUUACAAUGGUAUGAAAGAGCGCCUUGAAAAAUUCAUGAGUGUUAUCAAUAAGUCCUCUCUCAUGACACAUACCGAACUCAUCAUUGGUCAACCGGUCUCCAUGAGUGACGCCUUCUCUGCUGGGCAAUUUUGGUGCUGCUUCGAACUUCGAGUAAAUGACGGGCGCAUUGUCAUUGCACGCGUGCGGCUUCCCAGGCAUCCAGAUAGCACUGAUGGCGUCGAUGAGGAUUCUGAGUUGUAUUCAAUCAGAUGUGAGGUUGAGACAAUGAAGUUCCUUCAGGAAUGCGUCACGGGCGUCCCUUUCCCCAAACUAUUCGCUUAUGAAGGCCCAGGAUCGCAAAUGGCAGCAAAUGUUGGCGCGGCUUACAUGCUCAUUGAAGGGUUUUACGGCAACACUCUACAAGAUAUGCAAUUUAAUAUUUGCGAACUUCCGGUGACACCUUCUUCUUAUUCCUCUCGUAUUGUUUUUCCUAAUCUCGGUGGGGCAGAUUUCAACACAGGAGCACAUCAUCACACAGUGGACUUCAGUCCAAGCCGAAUUAGCCACUUUCAAAUUCCCUCAAAUUGGUUUAAUCUCCCAUUUCUCCAAAGAAGCUGGUGUUACCAUUGGCAAACUGUCUACAGCCGUAGCAGAAGGGCUUUCGAACGAAGGCCCGUUCACAGAGGCAUGGGACUAUUUUGCUACUAUUGCAGAUGCUAGAUUUCGUGACGCAUGCAAAGAAGAUGCUAUUAACAGCAAUAUUUUUACAAGACUGGGUCCUUUCGUGUUUAAAGAAAUUGUGCAAAAUACAGACAUUUUCAAAACUGGUGGGCGUCCAUUCCACUUCAACCAUAUGGACAUGGGGACACAAAACAUUCUUGUGGACCAGGAAUUCAAUUUCCUCGCCAUAAUUGAUUGGGAAUUUGCUCAAAUAGCGCCUCUAGGGAUCAAUCACUACCCCAUGCCCUUUCCACUCAUCUCUGCUGACGCAGAGAUCGACUCCAUUUUACAAAACCCGGAUCAUAUCGCACACCGAAAUAUAUCUCGCCAAGUGGCGGCACAGAAAAUGUACAGACAGAAGUUUCGAGAUGCGGAGCAGGCACGCGAGAGUAGAGUGAGAUCCCUACAGAAGUCAAUAGCCGAUGUGCUCCAUGGGACUGCAUCCAGGAUUUACGCCAUACUCGAAAAGUUAAAGGUUUUCGAAGGUAUGGAAGAAGAACUUACGUACGAAAUGGUACGAUUAGCGUAUGGAUUUGGUCAUGACGAGGCCAAAAGAUAUGUCGAUGAGAUGGAAACCAAAAUGAUCGAGUUGAUGACUCCAAGGUAGGGGAACAACAUCUGGACCGCGUAACGAAUGCCUGAUAGAAAUUAUUGCAGAAGUGACAAGUUUAAAAGAAUUCGAGGAAGUAACGAUAACAGCGGCCGAAGAAGAACAGUUUAGUUUUCCAGGGUUAUAGGUAACGAGAGUCAGUUGUUUUAUACGAUUUACAAGGCCUGAGUGUCUAUCUCACGGUAUGUGCCACAGAACAAUAGGAAAACCUAUCAUGUGUUGCCUUGAGCGCUUAGAUUUCACAAAAAUAAGCAGGAAUUCUCAAAAGCUGCCGAUGUCCGUCCGGACGGAGCUUCCAUUUAAGGCCUGCAGAGCCGCUUCACUAUCAUGUGAUGUCCCUUCAGUAUGGGGGAAGUAUAAUACAUGCUAAUAGAAGGCAUUUCAAAGCCCCUCACUCCCACAUGAGCCUCCCCAUGAGAGGCCUUGAUUGGUAGGAUUGAGUGUCUGUCCUAUGAGAUUGUUGACUGUCUCCCCGCACUAAAAUGGGUGAGAUCUGACUAAGUAUGUAUGGUCCAGGAACGUACCAUGAGACUUUGUGGUCAGCUAGCCUGUAUCAAGAAUGUUAGUGAUAUUUAAGCCCGUUUAUAAGGUAGACGGUAUGAUCUUGCAGUAUAAAAUUGCCCCAGCACAGUAGAGCUCAUCAACGACUUGACUCUCGACAUUGUGGAUUUUGUCUGGGUCCCGAUUCCCCUUGAAAUAUCAAUCCAUCCAAUGUAGCCCAUUGUUUAUUUCAAUAAUCUUGAUAUUUAAGGCUUACAGGGAGUCCAUGCAGGGCUCCUAUGUUCCGCAUGCUACCACCAGUCUGAAUGAGCGGUGCCAGCCUUAAGUAAGCACAUGCAUAACCGUCUGUCUCUACUCCUAUCACAUAGGCCGAGGUAAAGAAAUGCGCAUCUAGGUCUAAUGCAUGUUCUAGGAAGAAAUUACUAGCUCAGAACCGACUCGAUCCUGUCUAGCUCAAAUUACAAACCUCCUUGCCAAACUUCCAAUGCCAGCGCUAACACAUUUACCGGCGUAAU